CGCACGGAUGUAUAGAGGCGAUCAGAUCUCUGAUUCCCUCCCCCUUUUGUAAGGAGAUUCCGGCUCUGCCUCCCCGCUGGCUUCCCCUGCGGGGGGUUCUAGGACAAAACAACAUGGUUGGCCCACACCUAUACCGGGAAGAAAUAACACCGCAGUGGAAAGCAACAGCAAACCCACACAUCAGUAUGAAGCACCCACUCAAAGCCGAAGUCAAGCUGACCGCGGAGGGGAAAGAGCUCAUCCUGGAUGUGGAGAAGAAUGAGCACCUCUUUGCCCCAGGCUACACUGAGACCCACUAUACCCAGACAGGAACGCCCCGCACCAUCCCGUUCAACCACACUGACCAUUGCUUCUACCAGGGUGUCGUGCGAGGCAUGGAGCAAUCCAGUGUCACCCUCAGCGCAUGCAAAGGGCUACGCGGUCUCAUCGAAUUGAGCAGCAACCUCAGUUACAUCUUAGAGCCAGUCCCCGACAGCCAGAAUCGGCACCUGAUCUACAGAUCGGAACAUGCCAUGCUUCCGCAGGGGACCUGCGGCUCUAAGCAUGCAGAACCCACAGCCCCCCACUGGCUCAACAAACAGCCCGGCCAGGCCACAAUGCACCAUCCCAGGGUGAAACGGGAGGAUGUGCAGGCUAUGAAGUACGUGGAGCUGCUGCUGGUGGCUGAUUAUGCAGAGUUCCAGAAGAAUAACUACGACCUGCAAAGAACGAAGAAUAAACUAGUGGAGGUGGCUAAUUAUGUAGAUAAGUUUUACAAGUCCCUGAACAUUCGGGUUGCCCUGGUGGGGCUGGAGGUCUGGACCGACGGAAACAAGUGCGAAGUCUCCGAGAACUCCCGUUCCACCCUUUGGUCCUUCCUCACUUGGCGGCGCAAGUUGCUAGCCCACAAAAAGCAUGACAAUGCCCAGCUGAUCACUGGGACGCCGUUCCAGGGCACCACCAUAGGGGUGGCACCUCUGAUGGCCAUGUGCUCCGAUUUCCAAUCUGGCGGGGUGAACAUGGACCACUCGGACAACGCCAUCGGCGUCGCUGCCACCAUGGCCCAUGAGAUGGGGCACAACUUCGGCAUGAGCCACGACUCGCCUGGCUGCUGUGCAGCCCGGGCUGAAGACGGAGGCUGCAUCAUGGCCGCUGCGACGGGGCACCCGUUCCCCAAGGUGUUCAGCCCGUGCAAUAGGAAGGAGCUGGACAGGUAUCUGCAGUCGGGUGGAGGGAUCUGUCUCUCCAACAUGCCAGACCCUGGUACUUUAUACGGAGGGAAGAGGUGCGGAAAUGGGUACUUGGAAGACGGAGAAGAAUGUGAUUGCGGAGAAGUGGAGGACUGCAGGAAUCCCUGCUGCAACGCCGCUGACUGCUCCCUGAAACCCGGCGCCGAGUGUGCUCAUGGGACCUGCUGCCACCAGUGCAAGCUGGUGGCUCCAGGAACUCUCUGCAGGGAGACCUCUGGACCCUGUGACCUGCCAGAACACUGCACUGGCAAGUCAGCCUUCUGCCCCGCCAACUUCUACCAAAUGGACGGGACGCCGUGCGCAGGGGGGCGGGCGUACUGCUACGUCGGCAUGUGCCUCACGCACGAACAGCAGUGCCUGGAGCUCUGGGGGCCGGGAGCGAGGCCCGCCCCUGACCUGUGCUUUGAGAAGGUUAACGCUGCCGGGGACACCUAUGGGAACUGUGGGAAGGAUCCCUCCGGCACGUACAGGAAGUGUGAGACAAGAGAUGCAAAAUGCGGGAAGAUUCAGUGCCAGAGCUCGGCUUCCAAACCACUGGACUCCCGGGCUGUCCCGAUAGACACAACGAUCCAGGUGAAGGGAAGGCAGAUCCAGUGCCGGGGGACCCACGUGUACGGUGCUGAAGAGAGCGAAGGGGAUAUGCUGGACCCUGGCCUGGUGAUGACAGGAACGAAGUGUGGGGACAAUCACGUUUGCUUCGAGGGACACUGCAGGAACGCAUCCAUCUUUAAGUCUGAAGGCUGUAGGAAGAAGUGCCAUGGCCGGGGAGUGUGCAACAGCAACAAGAACUGCCAUUGCAACAGCGGAUGGGCACCCCCGUUUUGCAACCAGCCUGGGAAUGGAGGCAGCCUGGACAGUGGGCCCUUACCGCACCAAAGCCUAACUCCAGUGCUAGCAGGCGUCCUGGUUUCCAUCUUGCUUUUGAUCGGAAUCGCGUUUGCGUUUUGCUACAAAUGGAGGGACAGACUCGGGCCUCUGAAGCAGAUCAUCGUCCCUUCAAAGAGGAGCUCACAGUUGGGUGCUGCUGCCCCAGAUCAGUAUGGUGCGAAUGGCCAUUCAAAUCCAACCUUCAAACUGAACCCCCCGCAGGAGCGGAGAAAGGCUACCUAUGCCCCUGAAAUCCCAUCGAAACCUGCUGUGCUUCACCCCCAGCCAGCCCCAGAUCUCAAAAUUCACAAGCAGCCACCGCCUGCUCUCCCAGCUGGCCACAGCCUCCACACCAGCAAACCCUUUGGUCCUGCGCAUCAAGAAGAUGGGAUUCCGAAGGAUGCUGCCCGGCGGCUUCCUCCGAGCAGACCACCACCCCCUGCUCCAAAACUCCUGGUCCCACAGGACACUGCCAGGCCCCGCCCACCGCAGAAAGCUUUGCCGGCUAAUCCCGUGCCAAGAAUUAACACCACAGUGCUGCCACCACCUGCUUCUGGAAGGCACGCAGGACGACACCAGCCACCAGCAGAGAACCCAACAGUGAAGCCAGCCGGAGGAGCAAAUGCCUUGCAGAAAUGAUGGCCAGGCACUCUGCGUGCCAGGUCGUCCAGCUAAACACGGGUUCUUUCCAAACCGACUUGGGAUCUCACAAGGACCUGGAUGUCCCGGCAACCAGAUAGAAGACUCUCAGGUUACGUGCAAUGCUUGAUCACCGCUCCCUAGCCCCGUAUGUCCCACCUACCUAAAGAGACAGAGCUACCAGUCCUGGUGAAGGCAGGAGCAAUGCUUAGUGACACCAGUGGGAAUUGCAUCAGUAUAAGCCUGCGGUGCCUUUGUACAGAUGUUACUUGUUUAAAAUAGCAGUGAAAUGUUAUUGUGCAAUUUAUAGUGCAGAAGCGGGGUUGGGGAGAGAGAGCACUCUGUAUUUUGAAAGAUUUUGCCUUGCCCACCUUGUCUCGGUAAUACCCUGGGCAUGACAUGGCCACCCCUGCUCGAUGAGUAUAUAGAACUCUACGUGUCAUCAGCAAUUGCAUGCUCCAGGGCGAGUGAUCUGAAUGUGUCAGCUAUUGGAUUUGACAGGUGAGGCACUACGGAUAGCUUGUGUGUCUGUCUGUGAAUGCCAUAUAGCUGCCAGGGUGUUCAACCACAUCUGUUUCCCUGGGCUUUGAGCAAUGGGGCAGCAGUGUGGAAGGAAACAGUGGAAAAGGUGCCGUGAUGGUCUUUCUGAUGAGUUGGGACUGGAAUCUCCUCCCCACUGGACCAUCCCUAGCAAGACCCUUUCCAUCACCACCAGCCAGAUGUUUUGCAUUAACUGCUCCAUUCUACCCCGUCUUGUCUUGUUGAGGUAAGCACAGAAUUCAGUGGCAUUUCCAGCUGGGUUUAGACUCUAGACAAGGUCCUGAACAGUCAAAUGGAGUUAAAAUAGAGGCCAUGUGAUGGAACCUCCCUGCUGGAACAUGGUGCCGGAGUUAACCAGGCCAGAACACUCUGGCUACGUCUACACGGGCAUGAUUUUCCGAAAAUGCUUUUAACGGAAAACUUUUCCAUUAAAAGCAUUUUCGG